AUGCAGAAUUGCUUUCAGCUCCGAGCGACGGCUCCGAAUACGCUCGAGGAGGACGGGACCACCUCAGACAAGCAGCAUCAGCAGCAGCAUCGGCGACAGCAGAUCAUCACCAUCACGAAACGCAGCAGCAGCAGCAAGCGGGACCAUCCCGUCGGCAUCGAUCAUCGCAUCACCACGCACGGCACCACUUUUACCCUCGUCCGGACAGCCCCCCCCUCCUCCGCCAACAUUCUUCACAUCUUCAACAGCAGCAGCAGCGUCAUCGUCAUCAUCAACGGCCAACUCAAUCAGACGUACAUCAAAGCGGUUACCAGCACCUGGGACGCUCUUCAGCAACGGCAGCACCGCUUCAACCAUACUCACCGGUUCCACCAAGAAAUGUUCUCCCUCAAGAUGUCUAUCGAGGAGAUUAACGAUAGAUUGAAGAUCAAUCAGCGGAGAAUAAGACCGCCGUCGACCCCUCGUCUCCCGAAUUUGGGAGAGCUCAGCAACAAGGACGGUGGCUCUGGCUUGUCUGGGCCGGGCGGAUACCAAGACUACGGCUUCAUGAACCAUCUAGGCGGCAAAUUUUACGGCCCUCCGUCAGCUCAGGUCGGGCGCUCACCCUACAACGGUGGCUACGGGGGCGCGUACGACAGAGGAGCCGCCGCCGCUGGCAACGCUUACUCGCCGAUGUACGGAGGAGGCGGAAACCCCUAUCAGGCCAGGCUGUAUCCAAACCGGCCGGACAUUCGUCAGGUCGUUGUUUCCGUUCCCUCGGACUGCGUCGAAAUUCAGAACGGGCAAGCAGUGGCUAGAUACGAACUGAUUUCUAUUCGAGAAAAACACGGACGCUUCAGGAAAGCGGUUCCUCUAUUACACCCAUCUCUGGCCAUACUUCUAGGCAUUCUCAACACACUGCUGCCAGGAACAGGCACACUGGUGGCAGCAUUCUGUGUCCUCUGUGGUUGUCGGACGGAGUAUUCGAGCAAAGGACGUGCGUUUUUUCUUAAUCUGCUCGCGGCGAUGAUUCAGUCGUUCACGGCGCCCUUCGUUAUAGGUUGGGUGUGGAGUAUCAUGUGGAGCGUUACAUGUGUCAAUAUUUCGCUAAACAAGGACCUACAGGCGAUGAUGCAGCAGAGUAUGUCGGACACCGCGGUGCCUCUUUGA